AUCAAAACAUUCCUACAAUGAAUGUAACUGUUGUUAGUGAUAAAACUGACGAAUGUAAAAAUUUCGAUAAAAAUUUUCACAAUAUUAUUGAAGUUAAAGGAAAUUCUUGUAAACUUAAUACUGGAAUGAUAGUAUUUAGUUGUUUAUUUGCUAUAAAUAUUCAAGAUUUUAUAUCAGGAGAAAUUUCAUUAUCUCUAAAUAAUAAUGCUUGCUUGCAGACUGAUAUAGAUUUUGCAAUUUUUCUUGGACCUAUGGAAACAUAUUAUGAAAACUUUAAACCACAAUCUAAACCGAAAUCAAGCAAAGGUCAUGGAAGUAUGGACAUUGAAGCAUCAAAUGUUGUUGAUGAGGUCUUAAGAUUUGAGAACGAUAAUAAUUAG